CAUUCCAGGGAAAUUGCUUGCAGCUUUCCGGCCUUGUUUUUAUACAAGAGCCUGUAUUCCAAAGCCAUACGCUUACAAGUGACAACCGGGAAUUAAAGAAGUGGUGUCAUGGCUGCCUAAAUAAAAAUUUCCUCUUUCCUGCCGCUACGCUACGUUUUGUUUAAAGUAACUAUAUUAAGACAAAGUGGUGCUGUCGGCUGUCGGCUGUUAUGAUGAUCCCGGAUCAAGGAGCUGAUUCAAGGCAAACUCCUAACCUGUUAAUGCAGUUCUUUAAGAGGCUGGGACAAGCAUAUCAAUCCCUUUUGGAUAAAUCGACUCCUCACCCCAUUUCACGAUGGAUCUUCACCUUUGUACUAAUAACCAUGUUUUUGGCAAGAGUUUUCUUCAGCAAGGGGUGGUAUAUAGUCACAUAUGCACUAGGCAUUUACCAUUUGAACCUUUUCAUUGCAUUUCUAUCGCCUAAAAUUGACCCAGCCAUGUCAGAAUUUGAAGAAUCAGAAGAUGGUCCUGAAUUACCAACUAAGGUUAAUGAAGAGUUUCGUCCUUUUAUCAGACGACUACCUGAAUUCAAGUUUUGGUAUUCUGUCUCAAAGUCUACCGUCAUUGCUGUGUUCUGCACUUUCUUUGAAGUUUUCAAUGUCCCUGUGUUUUGGCCUAUUCUGGUGAUGUACUUCAUCACACUCUUUUGCCUCACCAUGAAACGUCAGAUAAAGCAUAUGAUCAAGUAUCGCUACAUACCAUUCACCCAUGGAAAGCCCAAGUAUCAGGUAGAUAAUAGCAAAGGGUUUUCGGGAGCCAUCCCUAAAAAAGUUCCCAUUAUUGUGAGGGAUAUCCAGACCAUAUGAUACAUCUAUCACAUUCUUGUAUCAUGUUGCAUCAUUGUUUUCGUUAACGAAAUGUUAAAUGGAAUUUGCUGUGAGCUGUGAAAGAUCAUUACAAGUUUCUAAGAGAUCAAA